AUGGCGGAAGAGGAAAUCGAUCACAGCGGUGCUGAGUCAGAAGCUCGGGUUGCUCAGGAAGACAAAGAGGUUGACGUUGCAGAUGACGCUCAAGACGUGGAUGGAGAGGAGGAGGAUGGAGCAUUGGACGAUCUGUUUGGAGAUGAUGGUGGUGAUGAAAGCGGUGCUGACUCCAAGCCUGCGGAUGAAGACGGUAUAGUGCACGACUCCGAUGAGGAAGACGAUGAAGUGAUCUCUAGGAGAAGAAGAGCUCUUGACGAUGACGAUGAUGAAGACAACGAGGAUCAAUUCCUCGUCCAGGAACACGAGGAGCCGCGGGAGUUGAGAAUCACCGAUGAAGAGGUGAUUCGCCAUCCCCCAAAGUUCCACUAUGGCGAAACUACGUAUAUUGCAAAGGUUCCAAGGUUUUUGCACGUGCAGCCUAGCAGAUUUGACUCUGGCGAUUACCUAGGCUAUCUUGAAGAGUUGAAGAAGGAUACACAAUUGGAUAACGACUCCAAAGCCCUGAAAAGAUUACACGAUGAAAACACCGUUAGAUGGAGAUACACGACGAAGGAAGGUGAGGAGACUCUGAGUGCAGAGUCGAACGCGCAAUUCGUGGAAUGGUCAGACGGCUCAUUUUCCCUAAAGCUUGGAGGUGAGUACUUUGAUGUUUUGGAAAGCACCGUCAACGAAACCUUCCUGGUAACAACGGAUGCCUCUAAGCCUAUUGAGAACGACGGGUCGACACUGUACCUGGCGGACGGCGCUAUUAAUAAGAGCAUGAAGUUUGUUCCAACCUCCACCAAAUCACAAAUCCACAAGAAGUUAACCACUGCAAUUCAGGCAAGACAGCAGACGAAGCCAGGUGCACAGAGUGUUGUUGUCGAAAUCGACCCUGAGAAGGAAUCGAGAAGGUUGGAGAAGCAAUUCGAGGAUCGUGUCAGGGAAAGAAGAAGACAGAUGCUGAAGUUGGAGAAGGAGCAAGAAAAGGGAGGACUGGGCUCAUCCAACGGAGGCUCUGUAAAUAGAUCCUACACGAGGGAGUACAGAAACGUCGAUAACUAUGACGAUGAAGACGGCUUCGUCGUUGAAGAGGAUGACGAGGAUGAGGCAGGGUUCGACGACGACGACGACGACGAUGACCUCGAGGACGUUGACGAGGACGACGACGACGAGGAGGCCGCCGAGAGACUGAAACGUGUGAAACAACUCGGAUCGGAGCAGUACGGCAACGACUCCGCUGCACGGAAGAAACGUCGGGUCAUUGACGACGACGAAGACGACGAAUAG